AUGGCUACCUCCUCUACGUCGACCUCUCAUGACCAUUCAAACCACUCAAAGUCGAACGGCGAAGCCGAACCAGCCUUGGAUGUCUCGGCUUUAAAGGAGCUCGCGAGGAAAGGCCUGGUGGAUGCCCUGAAUUCAGUGAACGGUGCAAAGACACUGGUGUUAGAUCCCUCUCUUGCAGGUCCUCUGGGGCUCGUCACGGAGGUGGCGCUUCUCAAGCACCAUGGUGUGGACAAGAUGUUCUGGCUUGAAUCAGGUCCGCUGUCCGCUACCACGACGAACAUCAUAUAUCUAUGCCGGCCUCUCGUGAAGUGGAUCAAGAUCAUUGCUGAUCAACUGAAGAGGCUUGCGCGGGAACCCAGUAAACACACCUAUACCUUGCUUUUGGUCCCCAGAAUCUCGACCCUUGUCUCUCGGAUACUUGAGGAGGAGGGUGUACUCGGAGACAUCACUAUAUCCUCGUACAAUCUGCAGUUCAUCCCUGUAGCAGAAGACAUUGUAUCUUUGGAGAACGAGAGCGCAUUCAAGGAGUUGUAUACGGAUGGCGACGAGACAGUCAUCUACAACUCCAUGCAGGCGCUCAUGACGCUCCAGAGACUGUAUGGGCCGUUCCCUCGCGUGCUGGGGAAGGGCGACUUUGCUCAGAAAUUAGCCACGCUGUUGACCCGGCAUCCACCUCAAUCCGGCUCGGAAAGCAGCUCUGGCGUACCUAAUGCGCCAUUCGACUCGUUGAUCAUCAUUGACCGAGGAGUCGACAUGAUCACACCCUUACUGACACAGCUCACUUAUAAGGGCCUCAUCGACGAGAUGAUCGGUAUCCGCCAUUCCCACGUCGAGGUGCCGGUGUCGCUGCUUGCUGCGCCCGCUGUUCCCGGUCAGGAGAAUACGGAAGCGUCGUCGAGCACCGCCGCACCCGCUUCGUCGCUGACGAAAGAGAAGCGGAAGAAGCAUCACCUCUCGCCGACGACCGACCCGCUUUUAGGCGAGCUGCGCGACCUCAACUUCUCGUCUGUGGGCCGGAAGCUGAACCAAGUCGCGCGGCGGCUCGACGAUGACUACAAGCUCAGGCAUCAAGCGAAGACGGUCGCACAGCUGCGGGACUUUGUGGGUAAGCUCGGAGGACUGCAGUCUGAACACCAGGCGCUGCGGCUGCACACCGGCCUGUCCGAGUUGCUGGUUCCAUUGACAAGGACAGAUGAGUUCAACAAGUCUCUGGAGAUACAGCAAAACCUCCUCGCUUCUUACGACAUACCGGCACAGCUGGCCGCCAUUGAAGAGAUGAUUGCUCAGGGAGCUGACAUGCAGAUGGUCGUUCGGCUGCUUUGUCUGACAAGUAUUAUCAACGGGGGCAUCAGGAGUAAAACCCUCGAGGCUCUGAAGCGGGAGAUUCUACAAGCAUAUGGCUAUAGCCUUCUUCCUCUGCUUCUCUCUUUAUCUGCGCCACCUUUGAAUGUUCUACUUCCGAAUCCUCUCCCGGCCUCGACGCCCGCUUCUGUUGCCGCGUCGAAAUAUCCCUACAAUUCGCUCCGCAAGUCGCUCCGCCUGCUGAUCGAGGACCCCGACAACGUGGAUGAUAUUGAGAACGACAUCAGCUACGUGUACUCCGGGUAUGCGCCCAUCAGCGUGCGGCUUGUGCAGUGCGUUGCGCAAAAGAGCGGAAUUCUAAGCAAUCCUGCGUCGGAGAAGGACAAGAAGGCAAAGGAUGGCAGUGCCGCGAGCAAGGCAAAAGGCUCGUCCGUCGUGCAAGCACACCCAAUUGUGGGGUGGAAGGGCUUCGAGGACGCGGUAGCCAGCAUUCCAGGGGCAACGGUGGAUAUUGUGCCGACAGCAUUGGCUGGGGCAUCUGGUCCUUCGUCAAUCAUGCAGAGGGAACAGCCCACCACCACGGCGGUUUUCUUCUUGGGCGGCUGCACAUACACGGAAAUUGCAGCGCUCAGAUGGGUUGGCCGGCAAAGCCGAGGUCGGAAAUUCUUGAUUGCGACCACGGGCAUUGUGAGCGGGGCGAGCCUGGUUGAGAGCAUUGCGGGCCCCCCCCAUGCCACAACGUAUCUUCCCUUCUUCCCCCCUCCCCUCCUCCAGAUUUUUGCGCACCCCCCCGAGACCAACAACGACACUGCGAAGCGGUCCGCCGCUGCCAAGCGCAAGAAAUCCACCGGAGGGAAGAAGAAACUCACCGGGUUCAACAAAUUCAUGCAGACUGAGGUCGCGCGGUUGAAGGAACAGGACCCGGACUUGCCACAUAAGGAGAGGUUCAAACAGGUCAUCGAGAACUGGAACAAGCAGAAAGAGAAGUAA